GUAGUCAAAUCAACACAGCAACUUAGAGUUGAUUUUCCUUCAAGAAAACCAAAUUGGUUUGGGUUGAAGAUGUUUAGGCGCUUGCUAGAAGUUAACUACACGAUUUUAACAAUCUUCUUGCUAACUUUACAUGCAGUGGAGGUUAGCGAGAUUUGAUGAUAGAUCUGCAGAAGGUUAGCAUUUACAGCAGCUAUAGCAUUAUGUACAUCCGAAACAUAACACAGCGUGAGAUCUCGCGUUGUAACUCAAGAUCUCGACUUAUAGUGCGAGAUAAAAGCUCUCCAUAAUCUCUUAUAACUUGAGUUCUCCACUUAAAAUGUGAAAUCGCGACUUAUAGCUCCAGAUCUCAAGUUUUCCGUUGAGAUCUCGUCUUACAGCACGAGAUUUCGUGUUAUGGCUCAAGGUAUUAUGAGUAAAGGUCCUGAGUUACAACUGGAGGUCUGGUGUUAUAACUCGAGAUAGGAAAUUCUUGACUUAUAAUUAAUUUGCCAGACAGCAGUUGUACUCUAUGAUUUUGAUCCCAUGGACCCGGAAGAUAUGAUUCUAAAAAAAGGUGAUACUAUCACGGUAAAUGAAACGACUGAUAAUUGGUGGCUGGGAAAACGUGGCGACACCAAAGGGUAUAUGCCAUCAAAUUUUGUGAAGAUCCAUCGCGUAGAAUGCCCGGUCACAUCCGGGAAUUUAACAGGCUAAAGCCGCAUUCGAGCCACGAUUUGGUCUUUAAAAUCUGGCGGAAUUAUAAGACUGAAGCGACUCUGAGAGUUUUUUGUCUCUGAUUGUGAGUUACUCGUAACCAAAUUUCAAUGGUUACCACCAGUAUAUUAAUAACAAAACCCAUCAAAUUUAAGAUUAAUGCCAGCUUAUCGGAUUUCACUGGGUUUUUCGCGCUAAAAACCAACCAAAAAAUCGCCAUUUUUGUAUGGAUUUUCACUUGCGUAGACUUUCGCGGAAAGAUUACAACCAAAGUUUGCAGAAAUCACGAACGGUACCACCUGAUAUCGUGACAUCUUUCGUCUGCCUUUAAAACCACCACAGUCUUUUAAACCAAGGAAUGCGAUAAAAACAGGGUAUUUUUUUACCUGAACCCGUGAGGGGUAACCAGCGCGAAGAAAAUUUCCAGAAAACGUCUUUGAAAGCCAAAAAAAAUUCCUCUGCGUUUCGGCCGCCAUCCUUUUUAUUUUUCAAACUUGUUUCCAGUACUCCUUGACCGUUUUGUUGUUUUUAACUGAUGUAUACUUCAUUUAGAAGUGUCACGGCUAAAAACAGCAAAAUACUAACCCCCACCCGGACGGGAAAUUUUUUGUUGAACUCAACAGACUGGGCGCUCGAUUUGCUAUCAUAACUUUUUGUAAUCACCCCCAACUAAGCUUAAAAUUUGUAUCAUUCUUAGCUGGUCCCUCUUACUGGUACAUCGGAGAUGGCCUGGCUCAUGGACUAUUAGAACCAGUGGAGACACAACACACCAGUUCAGGUUAUAAAUUUUGUUUAGCCCAUUAGAUUUUCUAUUGAUUAAUUAAUUAUUUAAUAGUGGCUGCUAAUCUUACAUUUGGAUACCACCAUUUAAUGAUUUAGAUGAAAAGAGCUUUCGGUAAGGGCAAUGACUUUAUCAGUUCUGUUAUUGACCUGUUCAUCAUUUGUCCAAAUCCUGAUGAAUCUGACCCACAUUUGAUGUUGUCAACCCCUAGUUCUGAGUACUAUUCCAUAACUGAUACUUAUAACCCUUUAGCUGGUUCAGAUAACGAUUCUCCUUUUCUCUUUCGUUGUAAUAUGACAAGUUUACCAAAAAUUUCGGUACUUGAUGUAAUUGCUGUAACUGAAAAUAAACUCAACUGUAACUCAACGGCAAACAUAGAUUUUCCUAACUACAAAUUUUACAAUACUUAUUCUAAAACAAUGGCUGGUGAUGCUGGUAUUUACAUCUCAUCUCCCUAAAUGCUAUUCCUAGAUCAGAUUUAAAGUUUGAUUCUGAUGAUCAGGCAGAAUCCUGCUGGAUUGAAAUCUUACGACAACACAAACCUAGCAUAAUCGUUGGAUGUUUAUACAGGCAUCCCUCGUCUAAUCAUGAUGGUUUCAUGUCACAGCUAGAGAACGUCAUCAGAUUGUUAACUCAAUCCAAGCAUCAAGUCUUUAUCUUAGGGGAUUUGAAAAUUGACUUUUUAAAAGAAGGUUCACAAUCCAAAACUGAAGAUUACCUUGAUAUGCUCUGAUACAGUAGUAACCUAUAAGCCAUACCGCAACUCUUAUUCGGACCUUAUUUUCAUGUACAAACGCUUCUACCGAACAAAGCAUACCUGGCAUUGUAACCAUGGACAUAUCAGACCACCUGUCCAGGGCUAAAACCAAGGAGAUUCUGUAGAGAAUAUUUAAAUUUUGACACAGAUACCUGUCUGAAUGACUUUCAAGUCAGUUGACUCAGAAGUCGUAUUCUAAAUGGCUCAACUGACAUGCACUCUAAAGCCAGCAACUUUUUGAGAAACUCAUAGGUAGCCAACAAACUUGCCACAAUAACAAGUAAUUUCAUUUCAAUCAGGGUUUACAAGCAAUGAAUUUUUAGCACAUCAUUUACAGAUCUGCUGAAGGUCAGCCUUUACAGCAACUGUAGCAUUAUGUACAUCCCGAAACAUAGCAUAACGUGAGAUGUCGCGUUAUAACUCCAGAUCUCAACUUCAUUAUAGUAAGGGAUUAAAGAUCUCUACUUUCAAUACGACAUCUAUAGUUAUAAUACGAAAUCUAGUUUCCUAACACGAGAUCUCUUGUUAUAAGAGGCGCGAGAUCUAGCCGCGUAGCAGACGUUGAAAGUGGCAGCCACGCAGGCUACGCGAGAUCUUGAGUUAUAAGUCGAGAUCAAGUUCCCUCUACUUAAAAUGUAAAAUCUCGACUUAUAGCUCGAGAUCUCAAGUUUUCCGUUGAGAUCCCGUCUUACAGCACGAGAUUUCGUGUUAUGGCUCGAGGCGUUAUGAGUAAAAUCUUGAGUUACAACGGGAGGUCCAGUGUUAAAACUCGAGAUUGGAAAUUCUCGACUUAUAAUUAAUUUGCUAUAUGUUAUCUAUAUAUCUUUGCUGUAAGUUGCAGAAAAGAAAGCAGUUGUACUCUAUGAUUAUGAUCCCGAGGACCCGGAAAAGAUGAUUCUAAGAAAAGGUGAUACUCUCACGGUGACUCAAACGACUGAUAAUUGGUGGUUGGCAAAACGUGGCGACACCAAAGGGUAUAUACCAUCAAAUUUUGUGAAGAUCCUCGAGAAAGAGGAUGUGGAACCAGUGGAAACACAACACACCAGUUCAGGUUUGUUAUAAGUUUUGUUUAGCCCAUUUUGAAUAACUCUUGCGAUUCGGCUGUCCAAAAGUACCAAACAUUAGCUCAAAACUGCACGCCCGGCCAGGGUUUUUUAAUAUUCGGGUAUCCGGGGUCUUUUUAUCUAGGUGUACGCUACUUUGGUGUCAUAAUAUGGGUAUAAAGUAUCUUGCUUUCCUAAAUGUCUGGUAUUUGGUAUGCUCACCGGAAGUUUGCCAGGGGCUGGAAAAGGAGGGAAUGGAAAAAACUCUUAACCUACUGCACCAAAACUUACACUGUAUCUUUUUGUAAUCUCUCAGUAUACUGUCAAAUUAUUCCUUUGUUUCAAGGCAAUUUUAGGUAUUCGGUAAAAACCGUUUUACAGUUUUUAGGUAUAUUGGUAUCUUGAAAAAAUAGGGUACAGUGGUAUCCCACUAACCCCCUCUCCGGGCCAGGCCUGAAAUUGGCAGUGCAGCUAAACUGCUAGAACAUUCUGAAAAACGUUUAUAAAUGUCCUUGAAUGACUCCUGAAACAAAGCCCGAUGAAAUAGACUCAACUGUAACUCAACGGCAAACAUAGAUUUUCCUAACUACAAAUUUUACAAUACUGAUUCUAAAACAAUGGCUGGUGGUGCUGGUAUCUACAUCUCAUCUCCCUAAUGCUAUUCCUAGAUCAGAUUUAAAGUUUGAUUCUGAUGAUCAGGCAGAAUCCUGCUGGAUUGAAAUCUUACGACAACACAAACCUAGCAUAAUCGUUGGAUGUUUGUACAAGCAUCCCUCGUCUAAUCAUGAUGGUUUCAUGUCACAGCUAGAGAACGUCAUCAGAUUGUUAACUCAAUCCAAGCAUCAAGUCUUUAUCUUAGGGGAUUUGAAAAUUGACUUUUUAAAAGAAGGUUCACAUUCCAAAACUGAAGAUUACUUUGAUAUGCUCUGAUACAGUAGUAACCUAUAAGCCAUACCGCAACUCUUAUACCGAACAAAGCAUACCUGGCAUUGUAACCAUGGACAUAUCAGACCACCUGUCCAGGGAGAUUCUGUAGAGAAUAUUUAAAUUUUGACACAGAUACCUGUCUGAAUGACUUUCAAGUCAGUUGACUCAGAAGUCGUAUUCUAAAUGGCUCAACUGACAUACACUCUAAAGCCAGCAACUUUUUGAGAAACUCAUAGGUAGCCAACAAACUUGCCACAAUAACAAGUAAUUUCAUUUCAAUCAGGGUUUAAAAGCAAUGAAUUUUUAGCACAUCAUUUACAGAUCUGCUGAAGGUCAGCCUUUACAGCAGCUGUAGCAUUAUGUACAUCCCGAAACAUAGCAUAACGUGAGAUGUCGCGUUAUAACUCCAGAUCUCAACUUCAUUAUAGUAAGGGAUUAAAGAUCUCUACUUUCAAUACGACAUCUAUAGUUAUAAUACGAAAUCUAGUUUCCUAACACGAGAUCUCUUGUUAUAAGAGGCGCGAGAUCUAGCCGCAUAGCAGACGUUGAAAGUGGCAGCCACGCAGGCUACGAGAGAUCUUGAGUUAUAAGUCGAGAUCAAGUUCCCUCUACUUAAAAUGUAAAAUCUCGACUUGUAGCUCGAGAUCUCAAGUUUUCCGUUGAGAUCCCGUCUAACAGCACGAGAUUUCGUGUUAUGGCUCGAGGCGUUAUGAGUAAAAUCUUGAGUUACAACGGGAGGUCCAGUGUUAAAACUCGAGAUUGGAAAUUCUCGACUUAUAAUUAAUUUGCUAUAUGUUAUCUAUAUAUCUUUGCUGUAAGUUGCAGAAAAGAAAGCAGUUGUACUCUAUGAUUAUGAUCCCGAGGACCCGGAAAAGAUGAUUCUAAGAAAAGGUGAUACUCUCACGGUGACUCAAACGACUGAUAAUUGGUGGUUGGCAAAACGUGGCGACACCAAAGGGUAUAUACCAUCAAAUUUUGUGAAGAUCCUCGAGAAAGAGGGUGUGGAACCAGUGGAAACACAACACACCAGUUCAGGUUUGUUAUAAGUUUUGUUUAGCCCAUUUUGAAUAACUCUUGCGAUUCGGCUGUCCAAAAGUACCAAACAUUAGCUCAAAACUGCACGCCCGGCCAGGGUUUUUUAAUAUUCGGGUAUCCGGGGUCUUUUUAUCUAGGUGUACGCUACUUUGGUGUCAUAAUAUGGGUAUAAAGUAUCUUGCUUUCCUAAAUGUCUGGUAUUUGGUAUGCUCACCGGAAGUUUGCCAGGGGCUGGAAAAGGAGGGAAUGGAAAAACUCUUAACCUACUGCACCAAAACUUACACUGUAUCUUUUUGUAAUCUCUCAGUAUACUGUCAAAUUAUUCCUUUGUUUCAAGGCAAUUUUAGGUAUUCGGUAAAAACCGUUUUACAGUUUUUAGGUAUAUUGGUAUCUUGAAAAAAUAGGGUACAGUGGUAUCCCACUAACCCCCUCUCCGGGCCAGGCCUGAAAUUGGCAGUGCAGCUAAACUGCUAGAACAUUCUGAAAAACGUUUAUAAAUGUCCUUGAAUGACUCCUGAAACAAAGCCCGAUGAAAUAGACUCAACUGUAACUCAACGGCAAACAUAGAUUUUCCUAACUACAAAUUUUACAAUACUGAUUCUAAAACAAUGGCUGGUGGUGCUGGUAUCUACAUCUCAUCUCCCUAAAGAGGGUCCUGAAGGGGUAAAAUGGGACUGGGAUUGGCUUAAAAUAUGGGUGGGAAAAUGGGAUUUGAUCCACUGGGACUGGGAUUUUUGUACUGGGAAUGGAACUCAAAACAUUAAUGGGAAUAGGAAUUUUGUUUUAACCCACUGAGUAAAAAACAUUUUUUUUAGAAUAAAGUUCAAACAAAAAUCACAUAGCGUUAUGGAGUUUUAUCCGGUAAGAAAAUAGGUAAAUCGUGAUGAUAAAAUAGUUCAUUGACUCUAUCAAGUCUCGUGCAGGCUUUUUUGUUACUGUUACCAGUCCUCUAGGAGCCAAAUGCAUGUCGGCAAUCAAAUGGUCAGCGACAUUACUCUACGAACAAACAUGGCGGCUACUCGAACUGUAAUAGUGGAAGUUAAGUACAUCAAUUCAAAGAAUGUUGUUAUUCAUUCUGAAAAGUGCAAAGUUGAAAUCCCAUUGGACAUAACAGCAGAGCAAUUAUCUAAAAAAAUUUGUCGUAUGACUGAGUAGUAUAGGAGGGAUGAAAUGAACCUCUUUUUUGCGCAGGAAUCUCAUUAGCGUGCGCAGGAAUACAUUAACUAGGUGACGUCAUAGGCUAUUGUCUUGAUCUCAUGAAUAAAAUGCUGUGGUAUCUCAUUAACUUGCGGUGGAAUCUCAUUAAGUAUAUCCAGUUUGACGGGUUUAUCAAUGAUGUCAUGUGCUAUUUUUAGAUGGAUGAUGUCAUGGUUGGUAUAACCGGUUUGACAGGUUUUAGUUAUUUUCGGAAGAUGAUGUCAUAUGUAUUCCGGGGUACUAUGAUGUCAUAGUUGUUUUGAUUGGUUGACCGGAAUUAGAAAGACGCUCAUUGGCUGUCUCGUUUGACGAAGCAUUCUGGUUGGUUGCCGUAUUUUUUAUUGUUUGAACGGCAUAAAAGCCUGCUCACUGCCUUCCCGCAUACUAAUUUGAAUUUCCUGCAUACUAAUUAAGUGUCUUCCUCCAUAUAUAAUGAAGUGGAUAGGUUUACUAAUGAGCGUCACUCUACUACAAUAGGAACAACAGGCUUGCCUAGACUUGCCCGGGCUCUUUUAACCCCGAUUGGAUAGUAAAUAAUCUAUUAUGUGCUUAACAUAAAAGCGCACUUUCCCUUCAGUAUUUCCUUCUCGCAAUCGCUUUGCUAAGGAAAAAGUAUUACUAUCACCAAUAUUUUUUAAAAGAUUGCUCCAAACAUGCAAGUCGAAUCGAGCUGUAAACUCUUUAUUUCAAGUUUGUCUGACAUUUUCUCCUUUCUAUCUCGAGGAAAUGAAAGUCUUGUCAUUUUCACGCACGGUUAAUCAGUUAAUUAUGCGAGUUCGCAAGCCUAAAGUUGAAUACAAAUUAGCUCUACAGGAAUGACCCAAGGGAGAGAAUCUUGACGUAUUAUUUUAAAACAAAUAACUUAACAAGGAUCAAUUAAAACACGCGACUCAUAAUUGCGAGCAAUAAAAACACAAGAGAGAACCGUUUUAAAAAACUUUAUUAAAAAACAAUGACAAAAAGAGUCAAAUACACAGGAAUGGAAAUGAAUGAUAGUUUUUGGUUGUUUUACGGAUUAUAGUCUUUGAACGGUCGUAAUUCGAGUUCAAAUAUACUUUACGGAUUGUUUUUUUAGGGGGUCUUAGUUUUCGUUAUUGAGGUCUUUGUUUUCGAAAUUACGAAAACUAAAACCCCAAAAUUUGUUGUUAAAUUCGACCUAAAACUCGGUGGAAAGAAUCGGACAGAAGAUAAUUUGACAGAUUAGACCUAUUUCGAUUACAAUUUGACUUCAUAUUUCGACGGAUUUGAUUUUAGGGGGUCUUACUUUUUGUAAUCGCGUCUUAGGUCUUAGGUCUCGAGGUUUCGAGGUUUCGAGGGUCUUAGUUUUCGUAACACCCAGAAGUUUUGAAUGUUUACACAGUACUUUCUGAGUUCAUUUUUUUUUUCUUAAAAAAAAAAAGAAAAAAAAAACAGACAUUGGCCGGCAAGUAAUGCAUUGUUGUGCAUGACACGCUAGCUUGCAACAGUCCUUCGUUAGUCGUUUUUGUCGCAAUGGUUUUUUUUUAUCAGAGUUUUAUACAGCCAAAGUAAACCAAGUAAGUUGACAGAAACGUUAAAGAUUACUCGAUAACGUUAAUGUUAUUGUAUUAAUUAAAUUCAAUGCUUUGCUUAAAUUGACUGCGCACUGAUAGUAUCGUUAUAUCGGGAAAGAUUUUACAUUCGGGCAGCUAAAUUCUCAUCAUUAUUUCGAAGAUCGUAAUAUUACAGGCAGCCCAAACUCUGUGGGAGUUCGUUGGGCUUUGAAUUUAUAAGAGAAUGUAUGAAAAUAAACAAAAUACGUCCUAAAUUCCAAUUAAAAUGACUUACCUUGUGUUUGUGUUUUGUCAUUUACUAUCUCUUCGCCUCUAGAGCCAUUUGGAAGCCGUUUUAUCGACGUUUCAGAUUUUGAGUUGUACUAACAGUAAGAAAAAUGAGAAGGCUGUGGACCCUGAAGCCGACCGUUCCAGCUCGAAGCUCCAUAAAUCCCAUAAAAAUGGUCCAAACUCGCCAAAAUUGCCGUCAAAGGAUCUGUCGAUAAUUUGUCUUUUCCUUCUAUGCUUCUAGAGUCUCAGAUUUCAUCACAACCGCUAGCGAAGCGCUUGAUUUUAAACUUUUUCCAUCAGAGUUUUCUUUCUCGGGAUGCGUCUGACCGGACUCUUGGACGUGACGUGAUUAACGGUCGCUCAAAUCUUACGUCACAGCGACAAUUUGCCUCCGUCCGGGGGCGGGCACAGUGCAUCACGAGUGUCAUCACGUGCUGCAAGAAUUGAUACAUGAUGCGUCUGGAGACUAACUUAUUUAACAUCAGUAUGAAACCUGAUGUCACCUCUAAUAAUUUGUUAAACCGAUUCUGUUAAUACUUUCAGAUUUGAUUCCAGCGUUUGUGCGAGCUAGAGGAGACAAGGCACUUUCUGCUUACCAAAGGGCAAUCGAGACUGGUGGUAGCACAUAUGAUAAACGUGUCAAGGUUUUGCUCGUAGGGCAAGACCGUGUGGGCAAAACGAGCCUCGGUAAAGCUCUAAGAGGUGAACCUUUUAAUGAAGCCGAACUCAGUACCGAGGGAGUGCAAAUGAUCCCUGCUAUCAAAAAUGCUGGAACAGGCGCGUGGAGAAAUCCAUCUUUUCUUGAACACACAACAGUAUUUGAUCAUAAGGUUGCUGCAAAGACUGCUGAGGAUUUAUUAAGCAAUCCUUCGGAGCAGCCAGCACAGAAAGGACCAAGAACUGAAGCGUCUAACAGAUCAGAAAAAACAGAUCAGUUAUUUGUUCAAGAUGGUAAGCGUCCCAAACAUUUUCUUUUAAUUUAUUUCUCUCUCUCUCUCUCUUUCCUCUCUGAUAAUUAUUUCAAAAGAAUCCUUGAGCUCAAGAGGCUCUUUCUUAAAAGUUCUGAGGGCGUUCGGCCCCGGAAAGUUCAUUUAGGAGCUCACUGGUUUACGAGAAAGAUUUAAAUUUUCUUUGAAGAAAAGAACAUGUCUUCAAUUUGCUUAAAUGGGGUAGAAAUAUCCAGAAAACACACGCGCUCAGCGCUUGUAUGGGCAAAAAAUCGGGCCGUAGAAAACUGACCGCUUAAUACAUGGCCGCUUAGGUGCGGAUCUAUGAUGAAUACUAAUCGAUUUCCCAAGCGAGGGAGGAAGGCUCAAGCUUUUAAUGGGGUGUAGGGACAUGCUCCCCAAGGAAAUUUUAAAGUCUAAAGUUUAAAGUCCUCUUUUGUGGGUUUGUGAUUCAUUGGUGGAAGGAGGGGGGAGGGGGGGGGGGGGCGGAGGGGGUUUUGUCUAAUGCCCGGAAAAUUAAAAAAAACAACAACAUUUGUUUUCCAGCCAGUCAACUUGGAAAGAUUUUAUCAUUAUUAUUAUUAUUAUUCUCCCUCUUCUUCUUCUAAUAUAGUAAUAAUAAUAAUAGUAAUAAUAAUAAUAAUAAUAAUAAUAAUAAUAACAAUCACGAUUUUAUUAGUAGUACUUCCACGACGUGGCUCUUCGCCUACUAAUGCCCUAACUACAGUAUAUUAGUACAAAAAAUCGAACCGAAUUUAAAUUAAAAAUGAUAUAUACAAUAAAUUAAGGAUAAGUACAAAGGUUUGAUAAAAAAUAUGUACAGUUAAAAAACAGCGUGGUUAAAAAUAAUAAUGAAAAUAAAAAUCAGUCAUACGCUUUCUCCUUUGGAGAACAUGAGCUUCUUCGCUAACCUAACGAACUUGUUAUAGUCAGGCUCUUGCCUUAACCUAUCAGGUAACGUAUUAAAUAAUCUGGCUGCUGAGCCCUGAAAAGUGCCUCUUUCAGUUGGAGUAGCCAUCUUUGGUGCUUCAAGAGAUCUUAAGUUAUAGGCACUGACAGUAUGGAAUUUAAGGCGUAAGUAAUCAGGCCAAACAUCAUCGUAGAGGGCUUUAUGAGUGAUUUUCAGUAGUGCUAGGUCUUUCCUUUUCAUAAUUGGAAGCCAGUUUAAUUUCUUCAAGUCCUCUAAAACAGCAUACCGCCCAAGUGCGCAGCCCGCGCAUGUUGUUUGAACUCUUCGCAGCCGUUUCAUUUGGUAUUCGGGAAGGGGAUAGAAGACGACACGCCGGUAGUCCAGUUUUGACAUCACUAAUGACUCCACUAACUCCUUGUGAACUCGGUAUGGUGCGAGGUUGCACAGUUUCCGGAGAACCGCCAAUGCUGCAUAACAGGAUGAAAGAAGCGCAGUCACGUGGUCAGCCCAUGUUAGAUGUUCGUCCAUGUGGAACCCCAGUAUCUUAGCUGUGGUGACACGUUUUAGUAGCUUCCCAUUGCAGCUCACAGCUGGAUAAUAAUCGUGUAACGCGUGAUCUCGAGACAUCUGGCAGGUGGAAACAAACAUCCACUUUGCUUUAGCUUCAUUUAAUGCGAAGUUUGAUUCAGAUGAGUAAUCCCCCAAACGUGAUAUUGCGUCAUUUAAUUCCACGACACCAUUAGCUAAGUCCUUCGUCUUUGAGUGAACGAAGAAAGUUGUAUCCUCCGGGUACUGGUAACAGGAACACUUAAUGUGUUUUUGAAGAUCAGAAACAUGUAGGUUGAAAAUAAAAGGUCCGAGUAUCGAUCCCUGUGGGACACCAAACAGUACAGUCUCGAUAGACGAGGUCUUGUCGUCUAUUUGAACUAACUGGCGGCGAUCAGAGAGGUAGUGGACCAUCCAAGUAAGAAAUUCGUUUAAAAAACCUAAAGCGUGCAUCUUGGUUAGUACUGUCUUGAAACAAACUGUGUCAAAGGCUUUAGAAUAGUCUGCGAAAACCAUCAAGCUGACUUCACCCCUCUUCAUAGCUCGCACGAGAUCAUCGCGAAUACCUAGCAGCGCAGUUACUGUAGAAUGGCCCUUGCGGAAACCAGAUAUACUUGGUGCCAAUGAAAAAAAAUCUCUGUAGGAAAUUAAUUGUUUCAGCUCUAACCGCUCAAACGCUUUUGAAAUAGCCGGCAGAAUAGAUACUGGGCGGUAACCUUUCUCGCUCUGUGGGUGAUCCGUCUUUGGGAUGGGUGAAACCCGAGCAGUUUUGCACGUUCGAGGAAACGUCGAAGAGGUAAUACAGGUCUUGAUAAUGCGAGUGAGAGGACCGGCAAUAUGCUCACUUACUAACUUAACGAAUUUAACAGGUAUUUGAUCGACACCGGUUGAGCAGUCUAAGCGGAGGUUGCGUAUUACGUUCAUUACGUCCUCGAAAGUUACGUGACCUAACUUAAAUGAUCGUUGUGAGUGCUCUGGUAAUGACUUUGCUAGCUCCAGAAGAUCAGAUGUUGCAUCCGGGGUGGUACCCAGUGUCCUUUCGUUAGUGCCGAUCAAAUAUUUGUUGAGUUGAUCAGGAUCGGCUCUUAGGGGAUUGGUAAUAGGGUUAAGCACACGAUGGAUGACCCUCCAUACCUCUUUAGGGCGUUUUGAGGAGAGGACCGUCAUAAAAAAGGACCUCUUUGCUUUACCAAUAACCACCUUAAUCUUCUUUUUAUUAAGAAAUAUUCUUAUUACUUCGGCGGAGCGCGAAGUAAAGGAUUGGCGACGCUCAGGAAUGCACCAAAGUUCAUAUUUUUGGGACAAGAUUGGGCACGCAAGUCUGUAGGUUUUCGGUUUUAUUCGGGUAUUUGACGAAGUGAGAGCCCGAAUUAGUUCGAGAUAUCUCGAGAUCACUUUGAGAUUUCUUUGAUUUAUUCUUUAACGUAUUCGAGGAAGAAAGAAUUAUUAUUUUGGCUCGCCCGCGGUUUUACACCGACUCACUUGUGUGACCCUUCAGAUCAGAGGAGACUCUAAGUUGAGGAAUUAGCCGAUUGCACCACUGCGACCCGAGCUAAUUUGGCGUAAAAAUAGCGAUGAAACUAUGCACUAGUAUCGGGACAAGAUUGGGCGCGCAAGUUUGUGACUUUUCGGCUUGUUUCGGCUAUUUCACGAAAUGAGUCCGAAUUACUUCGAGAUUUCUUGAGAUCACUUCGAGUUUAGUCUUUUAUUUUCUCAAGGAAUAAAUUGAGGAUAUUACAUGGCCGCGCAGAGACACGAAAUUUCUCGUCGAGUGUUCAAAAACAUUUCACGAGUAAGCGCUCCUUUUGAUCUGUUUUAUGAUGAAUUUAAAGUUACAAAAUGCUGGACAAAGACGUUUUGUCUUUGUUGUGUGAUACGUACUAAAAUUGCUGUCAUGCGUUGCGUGACCUCUACGUUUUUGGAUUAUUUAUGAAUAAUUAAUUAGGGCAUGUUAACAUUUGAGCAUGAGUCAGCAGAUUUGCAUCAGUUACUGAAAUCAUACGAUAUUUUGAAAAGCUACUACCAUUCGCCUGUUUAGUAUUUUCUGUAACCUUAUAUGAAGCGUUAUUCAAGUUCCAAGCGAGUUGUUUCGACGAACUAAGUUUUUUCCCUCGGACGAAGGUCGAUUUUCAAGUUCUGUGUUUACAUCUGAAGUUCAAGUGAGAGUUUGUUAUUAUUGGCAGAGGCUGUUUAGUUUUACUUAAGUUCAAGUCAAGUUUGUGUUGGUGGAUGCUGUGUUUUAAAGCCCUGUAAAGACUGUUCCUGUGGUAUUAAACUUCCUUGUGUUAAUCCGACAUCCUGGCGUGCGUAUGUACUGAUAGUCAGGGAAUAAUUAUCCUCAAAACAUUCGAACUCGUAACGUUGAGUUUUAGUCAGUUCCAUGCUCAAUGCAAUUGACUCCUUACCCAUGCCUUACAUAUCUUUACAACAACAACAACAACAACAAAUUUCAUUGAAAAUUGGAUAAAUAUAUAACUAAUGACAUUACUUUCCCAACCGCAAAUAGCUUAUGAACUAAUUGAGGCGGGGGAAGCUGAAGACAUAUUACAAGUACAAGGCUUGUGUAUAGAUGGACUAAAUGACAGUAAAGACACUACUAUACAAUAAAUACAAUAAACUAACAUAAAACAAGGCAAGGACGUAUCGAUUACUACGAAGAGAGGCUAACGUAUGUAUUAAAUAGCUUAAUAAGACGGGAGACUUCGACAUAAUCAUCUUCUGACCGCAGUACAUGAGUAAUCAGUACAUGAGAUUGUUAUGCUGUAUCUGAAGACUGAUGUAAAAAGAAAAAAUAGAGAAUUCUUUUUUCACUGUUUGUUUUGUUAGACUUGUUACUCACCGCCAGUAACCUCACAUUUGACUUGGGUCUAAGCGUUUAGACCCAACUCAAAUUUAGAAGGAUUUGUAUGGAGUCAUCAGAGCAUAACUGGGCCUGAAUAUCUCAGAGACAAUUUGCCCCGAAAUGCUAAGUUUUUGGCAAGUAGGCCUCGUGGAUAUUGCUCUUUUCAGAAUAUCCUGACAAAUCCCAUAAUUUCAGAAAUUGACACCUCACUCUCACAAUAUAUCAUUUCUUGCUAUUCCUCCGCAUUUACAAUUAAUCCCACAACUGACGACUCCGAAGUCUACGCUCCAUAGCGUCUUGUUGUUGUUGAUGUUGUUGUUGUUGUUCUUCUUCUUCUUCUUCUUCUUCUUCUUAUUAUUAUUAUUAUUAUUAUUAUUAUCAUUAAAAAUAUGUUUAUUGUGAAAAAUCUGACCCAGUUUUGUAAAACGGUGGAAACGGGUGUGGAUCCUUGCUUGCCGCUAUACACAAUUUUCUAAGGAAUGUAUAAAAAGUUACUGAAGGGAAAAAGUUUCUAGCAAUUAAAUAGUUCUGAAAAAUCAAAACUGAACAACCUUUGGAUUGGUGGCAUUAACCCCUUCCCCUUACUCUCCCUAGGGAUAGGCUAAUUAAACACGGAUGGACUUUUAAGUUAAUGGAUUUUUUUUACAAGAUAUCAUCUAGUCCCGCAACGGGGUACUAAAACAUAGACAGAACGUAUAAAGAGAACAAGGUAGUAGACUCAUAGGCCAUCAGAGGAAAUCUGUCUCUCUGACGUCCGAUCUUUCAAGCCCUGAAGGUGGAUAAUCUGUGAGCGUUGUGUAGGCUAUGUAUUACACUAAUUUCGUACAUUUCACGCUUUUGUUUUUCUAUAACCACACAGAAAACCCGAUUUCGUCAGCUGAUGAAGGAAAAUCUCAACUCCGCCAACAGGAAGAAGUUCCUAGUGAGGUCAAGGAAACCCAGGCCCAGAAAAAUCGUAUGUUAACACGGCUUCUGCUUUGUACUCCUUUAACAGCGUCUUUAGCCCCUUUGGAACAUGAUCCGCUAAGUUCAGUAAUGUGCUCCGAAUUUCGAAAUAACCGUGGAUUCCAUCAAAAUCAAAAAUGUGACAAGUCAAAUGAAAGCUUCCAAGAAAAACUAUUUGAUGUGAUGCUAUUUGUUAUGCAGUACCAAAUGGUUCUACUAUUUCAGGGGCACCCAACGAGAAUGUAGUUCAAAACCACGUAAACGCGGCAUUUUUGAACGUAUUUUAGUAUUUAAACGGUAGACAAAGGCAUGUUUUUAUCCCCUAAAAAUUUUUCAUCUGUUCGGAUUUCCUAGCUGAGAGUCUAGUGAUCCGAAAAUUAUAGGGAUCAAACCUUACCUUUUCGAAAAUUUCAGCCAGAAACAAGCCUUCCGAAAAUUCUAGGUGACCUUUUUAGGGUAAAAAUCCGUUAAAAAUGGGCAAUUAUACCAUUUUUUAGAUGUUCGAAAAUCCUAGGAGAGGCAGGCAAGCAACAAAUUUUACAAAAAAUGAUCCGAAAAUUCUAGAUCUCAAUUCGUCUUCCGAACAGAUAAUUUUCCGAAAAUUGUCGUUGGGUGCCCCUGCUAUUUGUGUCUGUGGAUGAAAUCCUAAAAUAACAUAAAGUUCCGAUAGUAAAUCGAUGCCUGCCGUCGUGAGUUAAUCCUGAAAAUAACUAUCCUCGGAAAGAAUGACGAUUGAUUCUUUUCUUUUGUUCUAACCUACAGAAACUGGAAGAAACGCUUCCGCGCUUACACCAACAAAUGAAUGCAAACAAUACAAACGUUUCUCUUCCUUACUUAAACUAGGCUCUGGAUCUUUAAUACAUAUGUGGCCGCUGCUAAUCCAGACUUUGCUAGGUUUAUUUUUGUUUUUGUCGUUAACUGUAUUUCAGAGUGGUGAAAUGCUGUCUCUAAUUGCCCCUCUUUCUAAAUCACUCCUCACACUACUUUCUGUGGCCGGUUAUUAAACGAACAGCUUUUAAAUAACAAUUGGAAGGCGAACUUGAGAUUUUAUCAGCAGAUAGGAUAGAAAAACAAGACUGUAAACUUUUGCUCCCCCUUAUUUUAUCACAAAUAUAGGAAGCACUCACUGGUGAUUUCAAAAAGUAUUUUUCGGUGCAGUCCCAUGUUUCUGUCAGACAAUCGAAAGGCUGGAUUUGCAUUAGUGUGAAUACUAGAAGAAUUUCACUAAUAAAACAGAAAAUUAUUCUUUUUUGUUUCAGAAGACCAAGACCUUCAAAAUCAAAAGAAGCCAUUUGGCGUUCCAGAUGAAAUUGCCAUAGUAUUAGAAGAAUACCUGGAGAAAAAUGAAACUGACACUGAUGAAAAAAUUUGGCCCAUCAUUUGGGAUUUUGCUGGACAGGACAUCUAUCGUGCUAUACAUCCAAUCUUUAUGUCCUCAUAUGACAUUUAUCUUCUCGUGUUUGAUCUUACAAAGAAAUUGAGUGAAAAAGCAGAAUGUCGAGUCAAUGUGGGACACAAAGAGCUCACUGCAACAGCCCGCGAUAGUGAGGACACCAAUUUGGAUCACUUAUUUAGGUGGAUGGACUUGAUUCACUCUUUAAAGACGAAUUUUCAGAGCGAUGGUCUUUCGUAUCCUCCGGUCAUACUUGUCGGUACCCAUGCUGACUGUGUAGAUGAUCCACGUCAAGCAAUUGAAUCUGUAGUACAAAAGAAGUGCUCAAGUGUGUUCGAUGAAUACACUUAUUUACCACACAUCGCAGAUUGUCUUCCGAUUGAUAACACAAAGUCUGGAAAAUCAGCCGACCAGGAGGAAAUCAGUGAGUUGCGGAAAAAGAUCUUGGAGUUGGCUGAUAAAAUGCCUCAUACCAAGAGGGAAAUCCCUUUGCAGUGGCAUCGUGUCGAGAAAGAAAUUAGCCAACCUGUCUGGCAAAAACAAAAGUACCUCCGAAAGGAAUCUUUUCGAAAAGAUAUUGUUUCACACCACUGCACUUUUGAGAGUGAAGACGACUUUGAUGAGCUUGUGUACUUUUUGCAUGGCCGUGGAACAAUAGUGUACCACGAACAUGAACAGGAUAAACAGAAAUUUGGUCUGAUUGUCUUGGAUCCCCAGUGGUUAAUCAAUAUACUGUGUGAGAUUAUCAAAGUGAAACCGGAUCAGAACGAACCUUGGUAUAUAAGACAAGAUCGCAGGAAAUUAGCACAAGAAGGAGUUCUUCGUGAGCGGUUGAUUAAUUAUACCUGCAACAAAAAAAAUGUGUGUCCUAUUAAAGACUCUUUUAUUUCUCUAAUGGAUAAGUUCAACCUCAUUUGCAAGUGGUCAGAAAAAGCAAAAGAAACUAAAACAGGAGAAUCGCAAAUCCUGGUCCCUUGUAUGCUGACUACCUAUUAUAAAGAAAAGGGAAGAAAUGAAACAGAUUACGCUUCUGCGAUAUACCUCACAUUUCAAACUAAAUAUGUUCCAAGUGGACUUUUCUGCCGACUGGUUGUCCUUUUUGGGAAAACUCCUCACUUUAAAAAUAUGCGCAGCCUUUGCGCUAAUGAAGCCAAAAUUGCCUUGGACAAUGAAAACCAUGUUCUUCAAUUGUUGUGCUACAAGGCAGUUAUUAAGCUGCAAAUUUUUGCAGACCAUGGCAAUGCUCCUCCACAAGAACUUUAUGAUCUUGUUUUAAGGUAAGCACUCGUGACUAAAUUAUAAAUCCAUUCGUGGUAGCUUGUGUUUUUUUGUGUACAUGAGGCAUGUAUCUCCUGUUAAGUCCAGUAUUGAAUCUCCCGUUAGUGAUCACUUUAAUAGUGAAUACUGUGAAACAUCCCUUAGAUAAGGGAGCUUGCUUUUCAGUUCAAUUCAGGUAGGACCAGUUUACUUGACAUACGAGUCCUUCAAGUGAUUCAGAUAGAAGCUGUUGAACAUCUUUUCUUUUUUUGUAGCCAGUUGAAUGAAUUCUUGGAAAAGCUACGAAAAGAGUGUCACUGGCUGUAUUCAAUGUCUGAGACGUUGUGCGCUCGAUGCACAGUUUGUGUGGGAAAAGAGACAAAGCCCUGCACCCGGCACGAAAAACGUUCAUGUUGGCACCAUGACUGUGGCCAUUACAUACCUUUGGACGGUAGACUCCUUUGUUGUGAGCCGGGUCAAAUGCUGAAAAAGGAACCGCUCGUACCUUGGAUGAGGGCCAUUGAACACGUUUCAAAGGUGCGUCAUGUACUUUCUACUAACAGUAUCAUUGCUACGGCUAUGUAACUGAUAGGGUGCGGAGAGAGGGUUCUCUCCUACUCCCUUCUCUCGCUCCGCAGGGACGGGUAGGAGAGAACCCUGAGAACGAAUUUGCUAGUGUCCACUUGCAAAAAAUAUGUGAAAUCUUUUUUUUUUUCGCACAAGAAGUGCUGGUGACUCCUCCCUUGUGUGGUCCUGGAGUAAUAAUAAUAACUUGAUUACUUUCCAUAUGUGGCUUUUCAAAGUAAUUACAUCAAUAUCAUGUAUAAAAAAUAUAUUAUAUAUCUAUACAUAAAUAUACCAUAUACAAUAAAAAACGUUAAAAAAUAAAACUAAACUAUAUAUUCACAAGAUUUUAACAAGAUACAAGGGACAAAAGUAAUAUAAGCAACCUUUUCUUAAAAAUAGACUGCUUACUGAGACGAUUUCAAAUAACGCAUAAGUCCCUUCUUGAAUGUCAUGGUUGUUAACUUCUUCGAGUCUUUUGGGUUAGGUGUUCCACAGUUCCUUUUGCCUGCGGCAGUUCUGUACCCUGGAAUGUCAAUCUUAUUUUUGUUGCUCGUGUCUCUGACAUGCAGCCAUUUUAGUUCUCUAAGAACAGGUAGUGAUGUGAUCAAAUUUACCCGAACGGGUUAUGCUCCUAGCUGCGAAGUUUUAAACAGGCAGUAAUUUAUUGAUAUUCCUAGUAGAGUUUGCUAAAGACUCGUUCAUUGAUAGCCUUUUUAGUACAGUGUUUGUGUCUAAAAGAUGUUUUACCCUAUUAAGUUGGCAUAAACUCGACAAACAAGAAGGUGAAAUACUUCUUAUGUGGUCAUCAAAACCCAAUGUAGCAUCCACAUGCUCUUCAAGGUCCUUCGCCGACCCCGGAAGAACCGGGCGCAACUCUUUCCCCAAUAAAGUAACAUGUCAAUCCAGAUCUGCAGGCACAUUUGCAGCAUUUGACGGGUGCCAAUUAAGAGCAAUUUCGUUUUAUCAGGGUUGAUUUGAAGGCUGUUUUGACAGCACCACGAGAAAAAACUUUCUUCAGGCCCUCGAUUAUUUGUCGAGUUUCGGUGUCGAUGUCCGUGACUGGGAAUGUUAGAUGUAACUUGGAAUCAUCUACGUAGGAUUCUAAGGAGCAAUAAUCUGGAAUGCUAGGCAAAUCGUUGAUGUACACAUUAAAAAAGGCCGGUCCCAGAAUGGAUCCUUGUGGAAAUCCGUAUGUAGAUUUACGCAUUCCGGACAUUUCAGAACCAACCUCGUGGGUACUGCAGGCGAUCAUGCAUGUAGCUAUUAAACUAUUCUAGUGCUGAACUAGAGACCCCCAACGAACUCAAUUUGGCUAAAAGAUUGGCAUGAUCUAUGAUGUCAAAUACUUUUCAUAGGUCCAAAAGGUCCAUAAGUGUCAGCAUCUUCUUGUCCAUCGCUUCCAGAAACUUGUCUGUCAUCAUAACAUUCAUCGUUUCAGUUGAAUGUCGAACUUUAUUCCCACUUUGAUGUUCAAUCCAACGUUCCUUGUUUUUCAUGUAUGCAAUGAAUUGAUUUAGCGGGUCCCGUUCACAUAUCUUUGACAUAGCUGGAAGUAAAGAAACAGGGCGAUUGUUAUUUGCUAACUCGUGGUCGCCAUCCUUUGGGAGUGGAACAGUGGUUCACAAUGUCAGUUAGUGCUCAGUGGUAAAAUACAUGGUAAAGCGUCCUUAAUAAGAGAAAUCGGAACUUUGUCGUAACCAGGAGCCUUGUUGGAUUGAAAGGACAUAUCAAGCCUGUGGAUUUCGCCCUCAGAAACUGCUUGAAAAUGAAAUUUCUCGAAUUCAGAUGUAUGUUGAUCAAUGAGCACAGGAGAACCAGUUGAUGGGAGAUCAAGCGUUACGGCCAGGGACGCAGAUGCUUUAGCCGCUCUAGCACCCACAGUUGAAAGGAAUUCAUUACAGCUGAUUUCAGUGCUGUGUAUACACCCGGAUUUUUAGACAUGAUUCGACCGAGAGGUUACAAAGCAGUACAGUAUUUUACCUUGAAUAUCCUUCCGGAAUCAAAGCGCACAAUAUGAAAUUUACUUUGAUGAUAGCUUAAAUGUUUCUCUUGUAAUUCAGAAAAAGAGGACUGUGAUCCACAAUUUGUUCUCCUUUUCAGACAACAGUCUCUCAUACAAGUCACGCAAUCUAAUCGCAAUACAAUACAUGGUAUCGCGCGUGUCGACGUCUCGAUCAAUACGUUUUUCGGCUCUUUUCUCAACCUUUUUAUUGGGCGUCUACCUUGAUCUUUAAAGAAAUGUUAUAUUUUACCCUUUUUCAAUAAAAACAAAUUUUGCUUUCUUUUAUGUAAGGUUUUAUUUGUCUGCUUUGCAAAAUUUAAGCUCACGAGGGUCAUAGGUCAAGGACCGAACACUGUGAUAUUUUUUGGUCGACAAAACAAAACUUUCAAACUCUUCAGCAAAUUCUUUCACAACGACAGACUGAUGAAUUUACCUGUUGAUUUCUUCUGCAAAACGUGAAGUCUUCCUGUUAUUUUUUAACCACGAAGAAAGUACUUCUAAGUAAGGACGAAAAAGUGCCAACUUUAGGAAAUACAAAUUUGCCUCUUGGUUAACUAAAUUUGCCUCACUGUUGCAUGUAAAUCGCGGGUAUUCACCAACGGCAAAAUACCGAAACCUAGUCAUACGGAAGAAGAUUAAACAAUAUUAGUAAAAUCCAACUAGUGGUCUUUUAUCAAUGCUGCGUUCUGAUUGGUUGAGCUACUGCUAGGCUAUAUGUUAGCCUAUUUGGCGGCUGAAUCGCGUUUUGCUAGCUAAAAUUGUUUUGUCUCGAUAUUUUUGACCAACUAGUUGGAUUUUACCAAAACAAUUAUUCCUCUCGCCCUCAUGGCCUCUGAGUCAAUAUCCCAUUCGGUCUUCGGCCUUAUGGGCUAUUAACUCAGAGACCAUUCGGACUCGAGGUAUAAUUGUUAAGAACAUCGGACUAGUUCGCUUUUCACUGUAUUGAUAAUAUUUCUUGCAUUAUGAAAUCGCCUACAGAAAUACAUUCGAACUCGGCAAUAGAACUCCACGUUUAUCACAAGUCGUCACGUUGUAUUAUGUCGCCGCUUUCCACGUAGCAAAGGUUUCCUCUUCAUGUAAAACGCAUUUGUCGAGAUUCUAGCUUCGUUACACUUAUGUCUUUUGGUGAUAAGCUUUCCUUGUCAGCUAGAUGUUUCUCUCAGAACUCUCGCCUGCCAUUAUUUUUGCAACCGUCAUACGUACUGCGAAGCCAUACGUUACGUGAUUAGUGUCGAAUCAUGUCUGAAAAUCCGGGUGUAUACAUAGCAAUUGUUCGUCCUCAAAAGGACAUUGGAGCUGUUUUAUCUUAACCUUUUUAAGUGGAGCAUGCUUAUUUAGCCAGUGUUUAGCAUACAAAGGAAAUUCCGGUGAAAGUGGUCAACUCUUUCACUAAUUAGUGAAUUUUCCAUCCAUGGAAAUCGUUCUAGAUCGUCUAGGAACUUGAUCGCACCGUACUGUUGAAACCUCCUAGUGAUGGCAUAAGUUGGGGGUGGUUUAGGUAGUGUUAGGUUAAGCACAAUGUAGGUUAGAUAAUGAUCACUAAUGUGGCACUCAACCACUCUAAUUUCCUUGGCAACGUUGGUGUCUGUUGCUAAAAUAACAUCAAUGAAAGACGAUGAUUGAGUCGUAACUCUAGGUGGUGAAGUUACAAGCUGAAUGACGUUGAAGGUGUCAAGUGGGCAAGCCUGCACGAUCCAUGAGGCGCGCGAGAGUGGAGAAAGCGAACGAGCAAAGCAUGCCCGCUUUUGUCUCAACAACCCCGAGGGAGAGCUACAGUAGCAGCCUAUGAAUUAUGAUAGCACUGGCUUAACGGACCGUGUUAACGUGUUUAGCGUGACUCCCUAAUAGAUCAAGAUUCACGCGAUGAAAAGGUGCAUGUCUUUAGUGAUGAGAUUCAUUCCUAUCAAGUGGUUUUGUUUACGCUAUAGCUUUUGCAUGGUUAGGAUAGCACUGCUGCAAAAAUAUAGUUAGCACCUUAACAGCUUUACCUAAAUUGGCUUAAAGGGAACCUCCACUUCAACAAACAGAUAACUUUAAAUCACAGGAAAUAACUGUUACAGUCAAGUCAAUCUAAAAUAUUUUUAAAUAAAGCGUUUGUAUCUGAAAGAAAUGACUUUUAGAUUCGCCUAUUUUUGUUUUCAAAUUUUGCGGGCGUCGCCAUCUUGAAUAAUUGUGACGUGUUACGGUUGCCCUAUUGUUAUUAAACAAAAGCUCUUUGUGUCAGAACAAUAGAGCAACCGUAACACGUCAAGAUGGCGGCGCCCGCGAAAUUUGAAAGUGAAAAUAAGCGAUUUUAAAAUUCACUUUUCCUGAUAUAAACACUUUUUUAAGGACAAAUUUCGAACAAAUUUGUUUAUCAACAUAAUUUUAUUCGAUUUAAACUUAUUCUGUAGUAAGAGUGGAGGUUCCCUUUAAGACGGAAUCCACCAGGAAAUUGAGUAAUUUUAAUUCUCAGUGGACAAAAACCUUGUACCAGAAUAAUUUAAAGAAUAUAGCAUUCUUUUUUUACAUUUUUCAACGGCUCAUUAUGUAAUUAGUCAUCUGUAAGAACACCUCAGAAAAUGUCUCGCGGGAGUCUGAAAAAAAGAAUGUCAAAUUUCACAAGAAUUGUGAAAACACGGGUAAAAUUCUGAAAAUUUAAUGUGUAAGGUGUAAUUGUGUAAAAUUUGACGUUCAUUUUCUCGGGCUCCACAAAGAAAUAUUUUUUGGUGUUAUUACAGAUGAUUAAUUACAUCUUUAGCCCUUGAAAAAUGUAGAAAAGAAUGCAAUAUGCUUUAAAUAAUUCCGGUACAAGGUUUUUGUUUAUUGAAUUUUAAAAUUACUCAAUUUCCUAGGGGAUUCCGUCCUAAUAGCUUGUAAUUCUUGCCGGACACUAUCAAACUCACCACGAGAAGUAACCAUUAGUGACUAUACUCAAUACUAUAUUACUAGUAGAGCAACAAUACCGAGAAAGCGAUUACCUAUUAGGUCCUAUUAGGUCGCUUGAUCAGUACCCUAGGAGCAGUGGUUUCUCCAGGCCAGACCCUAGAAAAACCACUACUACUCGCAGCGGGCAUGAAUUAUGGGAAGGAGAACAAUUUCUGUACACGAAAAAAAAAAACGAAUACAAAUACAGAGGAAGGAAAUUAAUAGAGUUGUAACUCGGAGUUUCACGCACUAAGCGAUCAUUAGACUAAAAAGAGGGUGUGAAUGGGGUUAACCGACUAGCGACAAAGGCCACAAAGGUCACAAGUCUUUUUACAAAUAUACCAACAAACGAGGGUAUUGAAAUAAUUUGCAGAGCGUAUGAAAAUUUCCUCAAAGCAACCCAGCUAUUCCAACACAUUACCUGCGAGAAAUGCUUAGAGAGUAAUCCUCAAAGAAAAUUCUUUCCAGUUUAAUGGGAAGCUCCACCUACAAACCCACGAUACUGUGAUGGGCACAAAGACAGCAGUUUUCCUUUGCCAACAUUUUCGUGGCAUAUUUUGAAACACAAAGUCUAAGCAAAAUCGUCUUUAAAGCAAUUGCUUGGCAGUGGAAACGCGACAUGAAUGACAUUUUUUCGCUGUGGGACAUAAGUAAACCAGACAUGGUACAGCUUUCUUCGAACAAGCAAUCUUACAUUAUCCUACCAUUAAAUUCACCUCCGAAAUUCACUGAGACAAUGUUUUUAGACACAGUUGUAUACAAAGGCCAGGAUUCCACGAAAAAGCUAUCCUUGAUGUUUAAAGGCACAUUUUAAACAAACAAAGGAGGAGCCCUUAGCCUUAAACAACAUUUGAGGAAAGUAUCUUAAAUUAAAAAAAAAAAAACGCUUGAUGGACAGAGGCUACCAACACAGUUUGACAGAAAAAUUGCUAUCAGAAAUAAAUAAAAUUCACACAGAAACUGGAAAUCUUCGCUUCUGAAACAAAACGGCGAGGAAGAAAAAGAAAUUUUGCCUUUCGUGAAACAAUACCAGCCCUUAUGGUGUCCACUAUAAAAGAAAAAGUUGAAUCCUCAUACAAAACCAACCACUGCUUUGCUAAAUUUUUAAAGAAACACCUAUUACUUUCUACAAGAAAGGAAAAUCAUGGCAAAGAGCUACCCCGCGAGCAGAGGUUUCUCUCUUGCAUGGCUUUUAGCGUUUACGAAGUCAUUCGCGUGGCAGUUGUCUGUCAAGCCACGCGAACGACUUUGUAAACGCUAAAAGCCUCUGUUCAUUAAUUUUUAUAGUGCCCUGCAAUCAACAAGGAAACCAAGUUCGCAUUUGCGAUAAAAGCUGUAGUGAUUUUAUCGGUACUAUAUAAUAUGAAGUUUAAGGACAAUCAAAUGAUGCAGUUUUACAAUGUGUACACGUUUUAUAGGGAUCAAAGUCUUGAAGUGAGAGAAAUACAUAGAAAAUAUUAAUAAUUGACAUGCAUUUUUACUUAUUAACUGAGAUUUACCGACAACCGACAAAGAUGGAAAAUUUCAACCGACUACCGACAAAAUAACUGCAUUUUAACCGACAAGCGACAAGUAGAUUCCCCUUCCCCCCCCCCCUGCAUUCAGACCUUCUAAAAAUUCUGAAAACAGAUUUCGGUUUUAAGGUGGAAAUUUGAAAUUCAUGGACGCUUGGAACAGCGCGUUCUGUGAUUGGUUGCAAAGAACUUGUUCUCGUGACGACACUUGAUUACCAGCUCAGAUCGUGUAUUUAGGAGAGUAUCGCGGCCAGUCAAGAUACAGAGUUUCUCGGAAAGGCACAAAUUGCAGCGUGACGGGUUUCCCUUGUAGGCGUUUGCCCUCUUGAUGAUACGCCACUUGAUGUUGUUGUGUCGUUGUCCUUUAGUUCCCAGAUGUAUUUUGAAAGUAGUGUCAUGUGUGUGGUUUCGGAUCCUAAAAGAGAGGUUGUGGUUGUUGAAUCUUGUUUUGAAGUCGUUUUCUGUCAUGCCGAUGUAGUUACUUGUAUUCGGAUGCUGUCGUGACUGUGGCUUCGUAGAUGACGUUAUUUGUGAAACAAACACCACUCAACAGAAUACAGAUACAAAUUUCCUUGAUUUUGGAAUUAUUGAAGUGCAGAAGGUUGUCCGUCUAAGACAGGAAAUAAUUGCUGUUGCUAAGGAGCUUCCUCUCAUAUAUAUAUGAUACCAUUCCAAUCAACUGGUUAAAGUUCGAGAAGGCUCUUCAGGCCAAAAAAGAAGUGGUAAAACAAACGCAUUUCCCUGGAGACCCCGAAGGACUUUGCGAAAAACGACUGCAACAUUGUUGACGAGACAGAGUUUGAGACCUUGCUGAACUGUCUUCACGACAUUAGAAGUUUGAUUCAUUACGAAGACACGGUGCAGUUGAAUAAAUUGGUAGUCCUAGAUCCUCAAUGGUCAAUGAUGUUUUCAAGAAGGUGAUAGCUGUAAAGCCGUAUGAUCCUAAAGAAAAGGAAUCCUUAUACCUGUGGCGUAUGCUUGAGUCUAAAGGAGUACUUGAUGAAAAGCUUGUGGCUCAUGUAUGGGGCCCCUUGUUUGAAGACAGAGAACAUUGGAGAGUUCUUAUUAUGCCCUUGGUUAGUCCAUGCCUCGAGCAACAGGCAGUAUCUUUUCCCGUCAAUGUUAAUGUCAUGUCCAACAAGUGAGCUUUCCGAGCUAGUGGAGUCGGCCAAUAUUUCUUCCCUUUUUGUCAAAUUUUCAAGUGGUGAAGUUCCUCCAGCUUUUUUCCCUCGGCUGGUCGCACAGUUCAUUCAGUGGGGCGGAGAAAGAUUUUAAUCAGAAGAGACUCCUCAGCUCUUUAUAGGUUUUGUUACGUUUUAUACCUCCGAAGAUGCGUGCUCCGUUAUUUUUAUAUGUCACUUCUCGUCUGUUGAGGUCUUUGUUCAUGGAGGGAAUUCAGCACUUUCCCUACCAAGCAGCGGAGAGGAAACCUGUGCUUGUAAGGUGUGUAGACAGCUGAGCUUAAUUCUCGAGUGUAUGCGCAAUCAGUUUCCCUGGCUGGAAAAUAUGAAAUGUGUGUCAUAUGUCCCCUCUGCUCCAAAGAAAGGGAAAUUGCGUUUUGUCAAACCCAUGGUGCAAAAAUAUGCAAACAGGAACAAUGCCUUCACUUCUGGACUGUGUCUGAAUUGUUUGGUGACACUAGAGCUAUCUCCUGCAGGAGGUCCGCUGUUGCUAGAGACACCACAAUUGAGAUCAGCUAGUUUUACCGUUGGUUUCCUGCUCCAAAGAUGUGGUGUGGUCACGUGAGAUUUCUUUAAUCUCAGAUUCUCUAUACAUCCCCGCCCGCCCCCUCCCCUGACCACGGUAACCAAUCUGUAAUUUAAGCAGUUUCGCCAAAUUAAACUUUUAACCUGCAGCACCUGAAAAAUUAUCCUGGUAAAAGAAGCUCGCGUUAACUGAUGACAGUUGAGCAAACGCUGAAAGGAAAGUCACGGAGUUUGGAGCUAAAAUUAAAACGUUGGCACUGAAAUUGAAGUAGUGUCAGCUGUCUCUGAACGAAGGAAGAAAAGAGUGUUAUUUUUUCCUUUUUAUUAGUUACAGCUUGGAACUGAUGAAUGUGACGGAGACCAGUUUGAUCUUGGUGAAGGUAAGGAUAAUGAGUAAACAACCAUCAGUGAGAAAAUACCUAGUAAGUAAUAAACCGUUUUGUUAACAGACGAAUGCAAAGGGAGGAGUUCGCAAAGUAUAGGAGUAACUGAAACCGUUAAGUGUAGCUUUGUGUUUAGAUGUGCCAAACCACGAACUGACUUUAUGAAGUGUACGAAAAUUUUAUUCAAAAUCAGAUCGGUGUAAAAAUUAAGCACUAUUUUUGUAUGAGGCUAAACCCUAUUUAGACUUGGCUUUUUGGGACUGGACUGGGCUUGGAGGCUCGUAGCCUGUAGAUUUACCGCGGACGAUACUUUUACACAGUCACACCAAGUCUAUCAUUGACGUACAGUUUUGAUGUCAUAAUUAGGUAAUAUAAUGUCAAAAUGAAUUUAUUUUAAUAGUCGUUUUAAAAAACACAACAAACCAUAUUAGCAAAUUUUAAAUCACAUUUUCUCCACAAAACAACACUCAUUGUGUCGAUACAAACGCACGAUUGAUGGUCUUGUAAUUUUUUGCUUCAUACUGGAAGACUUUCACGUCAUUGCUGCAUUGUCAUUGUCAUUUGCGUCGUGGCGGAUUAUUUGAGGUUUUUUUUAGUUAGACGUGUACGGGAUGAAGCCUCCGGUACUUUAUCCACCUUGGUAGACGAGAAUCUAGAAGGCUGAGACAAAAAUAUCAGUGAGAUUCCUUUAUAAGCAAACGACAUUUUGAUUAGAAACGUAAAGGGAAUGAUCUCCGGGAAAGAGUGUAUAGACGAUACUUUUAAUCCGGUCCCCCACCUUUGCGAACUUUUUAGCUAUUGUUCGACCACAUUUUUUUUAUAACGAUAUAGAGUGUUUUCACUCACGUGGCCAGCAUAUAUGCAAAUUUAUUGGAACAAAAGAAAGCGUUUACAUAAGAAAAGAGUUCAACUCUCACAGGACUGGUUGGGACACCAACAUGGCCGCCGUUUCAUUGUUUUGGGACACCAAUAUGGCCGCCGUGACGUCAUGUGAAAACACUCUAUACCAGAGAAAAAAUUAUGCUAUUACUUUCUCAUGUUUUUAAGUGAGUGUGGCAUUGUUUUAAUUCUAGGAAACCAAGAAAAGGCAUUGGCAGUUCGUAGCAGUGUGUUUCAACAUCUUUCGUCCAAGUCGUGCGAUGCCGAACUGGUUGUUAGCAAACUGAAGGAGACUCUGCAGUUGGAUCAUGCCUCUCUUGAACAGCCAGACUCUGACACCAAGAAACAGAUCCGCUGCUUGGCUAGAGAAGCUAGUCGUUGUAACAGACCUGAUGUGGUGGAAUACUUAAGAGAAAUUACACCUGCUGGGACUACUGGUGAGUGUUUCUCAGGUUUCCUCAUAAUCAUUCCUAGUAGGUCUAGUGUUUUCACUUUACACCCUAUUGAACUUUGCUCUAAUUAUACUCGAGGAUCGCUUAUUGUCUAAUUGCGUUCGUGCUAAUGUAUUUCAAGUUCAUUGGAUUAUUCUUAUCUCUUUCAUUUGAAGGAGGAAAGAUGACCUAUGAUCUUGGAGUCAUGUAAGAGUUUUGAAAGAUCAAACGUGGGCUAUUAACAAAUGAGUUUUACACACUGAUAUGCAUGCUUGAUUCCAGGUCCACUAUUACCUGAAUCCCUGGACGUGAGAAGCAUCCCUAUUUCGCAAGCAAGACAGCUUAGUAUCGACUUGACUGGUAUGGAUUUCAGGAUAAACUCAAUCUGUCUGACAUUUUAUUUUGUGAGCAAAUUAAUACUUUCUUUAGGUCGAGGAAAAGUUAUCAGCCGAGCCGAAGGCUGAAGCUGGUAACGCUCACCGAGAUUAUUAUUAUUACGGGUAUCGCAAAAACCAAAACUAAGAACUGUUUUGUUAUACACUGUUUCGAAGAAAGUAACAAAAAACACACCAUCGCACGGAACACAUUUUGUCAUUGUUCUUGAAAAUCAUGCAUUGCGUGCGCAACCUACAAAUUAGUCAUUAAUCUGAUAGUAGAUAACUUACUAAUCUGUAAGUUGCGUUGAUUUCCAAAAUCAAGUGUACAUAUAGGAUCUUAGCCAGAGAGAAGAGUGAGUACAGUCGACUCUCGCCUUACGAACACCCCGCUAUAACGGACACCCCGAUAAUACGGACAGCAGUUAAGUCCCAGGAAACAAUAAAUUACAGACAUUUGACUGAAAUGAACUCCCCCUAUUACGGACUCUCGCUAAUCAGGACGCUAAGUCGAGGUCCCUGGAGUGUCUGCUAUAAAGAGAGUUGACUCUACAAUGUAUAAAAAUUAUUAUUAAGACUAUCAUUAUCAUUAUCAUUUUAAACUGCCUUAUUUAGUCUUAAUGCAUUGGUACGCAAGUACAAAUUGGGGGCAUGGUUUUGCGUCUCGUGUUGCAAACCGGCCACGCAACGAUCUAGCCGUCUUUAGGAGAAAGGCCUUUUCCCGAGUAUUUGUUCGUCCCCCGGAAUCGAACUCCACGACCUCCCGCCAGCGCUUUACUAAAUCAGCUUACCCAACCGUAGCUAGGUUAGUUUAGGUUUAGGUUGUUGUCAGGCAACCGCUGAUGUUUCGGUUUUUCUUUGUUGUAGUUGCGGACGGCGAUAAGUGGAAGUUUGUUGCUGAGAAAUUGGGUUUGAAUCCCGGAGAGAUCCGUUUUCUUGAUGAGCGUAACAAGAAUCCAGUUGAAGCUCUCUUAGCCUUUGUCGCGAAUAAGCGUUACAUGUCUGUGGGAGAACUUUAUCAAGUCUUAAGCGAUUGUGGGAUUCCCGUAAUCGCCGAUCAACUGUAAAAUAUUAGACGGCUUUUACAUCAGUGAUUGUGUUGUAUAUUAGUCGCUAAAUAUGAUAUUUUAGUAGCAGAUUAUUGGAGUACUUGAAAUUUUUCUUACGAUCCUCCUGUAUCACUGAUUGAAAAAUCAUCUUUCUGAGAUUAGUUUUUGUAUCUUAACAUAGGAUGGUACAUAAAAUACAUCACAUUGAGUACAAAGGAGAAGAAAAAAGUAAUGUAAGGAUGAUAUUCUUUCUCCUCUAAUGAUACACAGUGAAAAGUAGAAAAAAAAAUAGUAGAAAAGCUUACUUUUAACGUACAUUGCGUAAGAUGAAACGAAAAAGAUUAGUGCCAGGAAAUAUCCACAGUAUAAUUUUAAAUAGCGCUUUGCUGAGUUCUAUCGGCUCGCAUAAUUUAAAGUUACUGGGAAAAUUCCUAGGAGGAGGAUUUGUUGAGGAAAAAAAACCAAUAUUCUUACCCCGGCUUGGAAUUAUUAAAUCAAUGUUCUUUUUCUUAUAAUUAGAGAGUUAAAUAUAACAGCCGGAAGAGGGCUGUGGUCAAAAGUUCAUAAACCUAUAUGCGUUGUUUAAAAUAUGGAAAAACAAUAUUGGUUGAUAAUAUAAGCACUCUAAUCACCCUAGUCAAGUAAUUAGAAAAAAUAUUGUCAGUCAAAUCGUCAGUUCUACAGUCGUUCUCUCUUAGUUAGUUCUGCUUGAUUCGUCAACAAGUCGUUUUUGUACGGUGCCGGUAGCUGUUGGCUACGAUUCAGUGGCGUUUGCUCUUAGUUAGUAAACCAGCUUUCUAAAGUAAGUCGUUGAUAGUAGUCUGUAGAAUACGUAGUACAUGUCGUAGAGUCCCAGUCGAUUUGAUGUAUCGUCUGUAAAUGGUGUUCAGCAAUGUGAUUGUUGACGUCACCACUGUAAGUGUAAACGUUUAACAUAGCUGUUUCUAUACACUGUAAGUGUAAACUUUUAACAAAGCUGAUCCCAUUUGUAGUUUACUAAGAAUAUGAUCUAAUUCAAGUAAUUUCGUAAGGUCGAUGUGGCUUAAAGCUUAGAGUUAAUAACUCAGAGAUAUAGUUUUAUAUUUUUGGUAAUUUCUAUGCACUGUAAGUGUAAACGUUUAAGUUGAUUCCCUGGUUUUGCACUGCGCAUCUCUUACUGCGCAUAACAAGAUGGCCUCCGUAAAAAAGAGCAUGUGAAGUAACAUUAUUAAACUGAAGUUGAC